AUGACGACUCACAUCUCCCAUCUGGAACAGGACUUUUCGGGAUCUGUGACAACCACUACUACUACAAGUUCGGACUCGCAACUCUCCUGCGCGGCGCCCGAAUCCCUCCCUCUCUUCCAUAACCUCUUGGGGUUCCGAUCCGAUCCUCGCCGGUCGAUAGAAACCUCGACAGUUGUUGGCGACAGUGUUGCUGUUGGCAAACUACCCCGGCCAGGCCAUCGCCGCCGCGAAUCCAUACUAAGAAAGCUGGCGGGUCCACGGGAAAACGCAAAGCGACUCCUCCGCUUGGGGACCCCUAUCCACCCUCCGCUGACGCCACCCACCCACCCAAUGCCAAUGCCCGAAACACAUCGCCCUCGCCCGGUGUCUGAGAUCGUUUUGUCCCCCAACGAUGCACAAAUGCUCGCAACUACGGGUUUAAGGGCCGGCAGGCUGCGCUCGCACUCUUCGUCGACCGUGUCGGCUGCUCAACCUACCUCUACGUCGGCUACGCAAACGAUGCCGGCUUCGGAUCCCACGGUACCGUUCCCGACUCUGCGCAAUGAGAAGAUCGUGGCGACAGGAAGCGGGAUAACCGUGGGUGUUGCGCUCACCGAACCGGUCCUCUUCCUCCAGGGAUACGACCAGAAUGAUCCCAGCACCAAGAAGUCGGCCAUUCUGCGCGGACAGUUACAUCUCAAGAUUACAAAGAGCGUCAAGGUUAAGAAGAUCUCCAUCUGCUUCCGCGGACAUGCUCAGACCGAUUGGCCGGAUGGAAUCCCUCCCAAGAAAGUCCACUUCCACGACAAGAAAGACCUCGUCACGCAUGGCGUCAUGUACUUCAACCACGGGGAUACUGCGCUGAUGCAAAACGACUACGGGGCGCACUUUUACCAACACGCCAAACCGGUGACCUCGGUGACGGGCAAAGAUGGGGCGACGACCAGUACCCGGGAAUUGCUCUCCAAGACUGGAUCGUCAACCUCGCUGAGCCAUAACGGCCAGUUCACCCCCAAGGACAUGAAGCGGCUUUCGUUACAAUCCAACCAAUCCCGCAGUUUCGGCAAGAAUGACCUACCCCCUCCCCCCGUUCAUACCCAGCGCAACUACCGGUUGUUCCCGGUCGGUGAUUAUCUGUACAGUUUUGAGUUCCCGAUCGAUGGCUCUCUCCCGGAGACGAUCAAGACGGACCUGGGGUCUGUCCGGUAUGACAUUGAAGCUAUCGUGGAACGGGCCGGAGCGUUCCGUCCUAAUCUGCUGGGGACGUUGGAGGUACCGGUGAUCCGCACGCCGGCCGAGGGCUCGUUGGAGCAGGUUGAGCCGAUCGCCAUCUCCCGCAACUGGGAAGAUCAAUUGCAUUAUGACAUUGUCAUCUCGGGGAAGUCAUUUCCUCUUGGAUCGCAGGUUCCCAUUGCGUUUAAGUUGACGCCACUGGCCAAGGUUGAGUGCCACCGGAUCAAGGUGUACGUGACCGAGAACAUUCAACACUGGACCUCAGACAAGAGCGUCCACCGGUUUCAGCCGGCGAAGAAGGUGUUGCUUUUCGAGAAACGAGCAGACUCUGCCAGCACCAGCACCUACCCUGGAAGCUCCAUGCGAGUCAUGGCAGGUGGCGGCAUCGACUGGGACCGUCGCGCAGCUGCGGCGAGAGGCGAGGAGAUUGUCGACCGGAACCGGACCAAUCUCCUUGGUAACCUCUCCAGCGACGCGGGCGUUGGUCCGACUGAGAUGGAGUUCAAUGUCCAACUUCCGAGCUGUCAAGAGAUGCGGAACCGGGAUGAGUCCCAGCGGCUGCACUUUGAUACGACGUAUGAAAACAUUCAAAUCAAUCAUUGGAUAAAGAUUGUAUUGCGUCUGUCCAAGGUUGACGAAAGAGACCCGGGCAAGCGAAGACACUUUGAGAUUUCCAUCGACUCUCCGUUCCACCUGCUCUCUUGCAAGGCCACACAAGCCAACAUCUAUCUCCCCGCUUACACGUCGCCCGACUCGGAGCCGUCGCCACAGGCCCAGGAGUUCGAAUGUGGCUGCCCUGGAGCGCCGGCAGUCCACAGGAACGGCUCGCGGAACGGCUCCAGCCGGCAGUCCUUGUCUUCCGAUCGCGAAGAGCUGCCGAUCGGAGGCGCGGUUUCUAGAAGCUUUACCAAUGGUUCUGGCGGGUUGACUCGACCACCGCAGGCGCAUCUUGCAGACGAGCCCAACGAUCGGGCGCCAGCACCACCACGGCCCAUGCACCUUCUCCGAGCACCGUCUUUUGCGCCGCCGCCUUUUGAAGAUGUUCCACCACCGCCUCCACUCGUGACACCGCCUCCUGAAUAUAAUUCUAUUGUGGGCGAUAACGAUAGGGAAUCGGUGCUGCAGGACUAUUUCUCGCGGCUGUCUUGCUACGAGGAGCACGCGGAUGAUGAUCGGGGCCGAGGCCGAGUUGAUGUGCCUCUCACCCCCGGAGGGCGGGUGAACCGCAGCAUGGACGUGCCACGCGAGUGGGUGCGCCUGGAGGAGUCGGCGGUUUAA